AUGUCGACCGCGUUUCAAAGGAAAAUAGGCGCGGCUCACGCGCGAUUUGGUAAUCCGCGAAAACAGCCUGCUCGGCACCCCACGCGAACUGAAGAAGAGGAAAGAAAAACUCGCGCGUGCGUCGAGCCGGAUGGAGCUUCGCGCUCUUCUGUUCUUACAAGACAAGAUGAAAAGAAAAUACUACAUCACCGCGACCGAAAAAAGUACUCGUACAAACGCCCGCGCGUCCCUCAGAUCAUGCACGAGAGCGUCUCCUCGAGCACGGGGGUCUGGAACCACCGCGACUGCCAGUCGUCCGCGGGCGCGACGUUGUCCAUCGACUCGUGA